AUGGACUGCCAGUCUGAGGAAGAAGAAACCUGUGAAGAACAGUAUGACUCUGAAAACUGCACCUGCAGCUCUAAGCAUGACUCAACAGCAGGAUCCAACUCAGAUGCACCAGUAACUCUGAAAAUACUACAGAACUGGGUUCCUAGAGUCUCACACUACUUUGAUAAAGAGCACUACACAUACGUUGGCCACCAGAUCGUCAUUCAGGAGUCCAUAGAAUACUUAGGAGCUGUGGUAUGGCCAGGGGCACUGGCUUUGUCUCAAUAUCUGGAAUCAAAUCAAGAACAAUUCAACCUCAAAGACAAAAAAGUUUUGGAAAUAGGCGCUGGAACAGGCUUGGUUUCUAUUGUGGCCUGUAUCUUAGGAGCUUAUGUUACAGCUACAGACUUGCCUGAAGUUCUUGAAAACCUCUCAUAUAAUAUUUCAAGAAACACACAAAGCACGAAUAUGCACAAACCUGAAGUGAGAAAACUGGUAUGGGGAGAAGGCCUCAGUGAAGACUUUCCUGUAUCCACUUACCACUAUGACUUCCUACUGGCAACUGAUGUUGUGUACCAUCACACAGCUUUGGAUCCUCUGCUAGCAACAAUGGUGUAUUUCUGUCAGCCAGGAACAAUAAUAUUAUGGGCAAAUAAAUUCAGAUUCAGUACAGACUACGAAUUUUUGGAAAAACUUGGCCAUAUAUUUAAUACAACCAUUCUAGCAGAAUUUCCAGAAUCAAAUGUCAAGUUGCUUAAAGCCACAGUAAGAGAAAAUUAA